AAAGUUUUGUUCAUUCUUCUCAUUGGGGAAAUAGCUUCAGAUGAAAUUUGAGACCAUCGAAAAGUCUAGAAAUUCUGGCUGUUCUUUCAGUGUGUCAGACACAAUGUGUCGUAGGUCAGCAAAGGCAAUUCAAUAAUGACUGAAGACAUUGAUUCAGACUAACGACUAGUAGCAACUGUUCACUGGAGUGCUGAAAAUCAUGAUCAGAGACAUUGUCAUUGUGCAGCAUCCUGUAGCUGUCUGUGUACCAGUAAACUACAAGGUGACUCUCCGUGUUCGGGCAGAAGGAAAAGGAAUCCUUAAGUACCAGUGGUUCAAAUCAGAUGUGGAAGAGGUACUUGGUGGGACUGAAGCAGAUCUGACAAUCAAAGCUGUGAAAACUCAAUUAUACGUGUGUCGUGUGAACGACCAUGACUGCAACUGCGUGUUCAGUGAUUGGGUCAAAGUUAAAGUUUUGGACAUUGAUGAACCAGGUCUUCCAAAAGCAUGGAAAGGAGAGCCCCAUAUUGCUGUUCACCCAAAACCCAAGACAAUACUUCAGGGGGAGAGACUGACGCUGCUUUGCUCUGCAUUUGGUAUACCCAUGCCACAGUACCAGUGGUACAGAAAUGGACAUCCUCUGCACGACAAGACCACUGACACACUACAGAUAGAGAAUGCAACAGCAGACCAUGCAGGAUCCUACCUGUGCUCUGUCUCUAAUAUUGAAGAGGAGAAAUGGACCGAAGCAGUAGAUGUGACAAUAGUAGGGCCACCUGAACAACUUCCUGCUACAACACUUACAGCAACUGACAAAGUGGCUCUGUUGAUUGGCAACCUGAAUUACUUCCAUCACCCCGGCUUGAUGGCCCCCACCAUGGAUGUCCAUGAGCUGGCCAAUCUCUUGCAGCAAUUGGACUUCCGAGUCGUUUCCCUACUGGACCUCACCAGGAAGGAGAUGCUGGCUGCCAUCAAGAAGUUCCUGCAGCUUCUGGACAGGGGGGUGUACGCGCUCUUCUACUAUGCUGGCCAUGGGUAUGAGUGCUCAGGAAGGAACUACCUGGUGCCAAUUGAUGCUCCACAACCCUACCAACAGGAUAACUGUGUCUGUGUGCAGAGGGUCAUGCAUAACAUGCAGGAAAGACGAACAGCUCUGAAUGUGGUACUUCUGGACACCUGCAGAAAAUGGUACAACCAGGAUUGUAAGGUGUCUGAAAUCAGGCCUUUGAUUCCCAUGGGAAACACAGUGUAUGGAUAUGGCACGUGUGAAGACGCUGAGGCUUAUGAGGUCCAGGAUGGAGGGAAGAGUACUGGGAUCUUUACCAAGUACCUCAACAAACACAUCCUGAAGCCAGAGAAAGUCACCCAUGUCCUAGAGCAGGUGUCUGAGGAUCUGGGUAGAGACCCUCUUGUGAUGGGAAAGCAGGCUGUAGAGAUCAAGCACAUGCUGAGGGAGCCUCGUUCCCUCACAGACCGUAUCAGGACCACAGGCCAUACAGGAGAGCUACACCUGAGAAACAUCUGCUGGAGACAGGCCAACGAGCUACCAUGUCAAAGGCUGCUGGUGUUUCCUUGUGGAGCUGAGAUAGAGAUCAGCUUCUCUGCUUUGUUUUCAAAUGUCAUGGUGGUCUUUGCCAAGGUGAAGACCACCGGUGCCGUAGCCGUGGACUGCACUGUUAACCUCAGAAGCACACCAGCAAUGGAAGACAUAUUUUCAGGUCCCAACAGAUCAGAUGAGAUGGACUCUAUGCUGCUUAACAACUCUGAGAAUUCCGACUGUAGUCUUAGACUUUGUGGUCUUCAAAAGCUCCAGGAAUCCCUGAUGAUAAAUGUGGAACUACACCAUACUCAUAAAGACAACAAGCUACGACAGAAAGAAACCAAAGAACUGGACACUGGAAGACCUUUGGUGGCAUCCUGCAAGCUUUACAAGAAAAAGCAUGCAGGGAUGGCAAAAAAUCAAGAAGGUGUCCCUGCUCAAAACGUUGGCCAUAUUUCAUGUAGUAUGCAGCCCCCCUGUCAGGUGCUAGAACGUGCUAGGCCCUUUACCAGGAAGGCAGAGUGUGCUGUCAGCGUUCCUGCUGCAAGAAGCAAUGAACCAGAGGAGAAUGAUGAGAAUGAGCUACAAGACUUUACCUUUUGACAUUUCCUCUAUCUUGAACAUACGACACAAGCGUAAUCAAGACAUUUUACGGUAUGUGUUGUGUGUGCGUUUGUGCAUGUGUGUAUGAUGUGUAUGAAAGUAUGUGUGUGUGCCCAAGCAUGACACUCAAUGAACCAUUAUUUAUUCUAAUUUUUAAAAAGAAGGGAUAUAGUUAAGUAUACAGACAAAAUAGGCAAACAACCUUUGAUUGUUUUUAAUAAAACCUAUUAAAAUAUGAAAAGAUUGUGUCUAUGUU